UUAAGGCCCCUCCCUCGCCGGGGCCCGACUGCAGGAGCCGCUGUUGCUGAGUCGGGAUCUGCUCGCUGCGCGCCUCCGACUCCCGCCCGCCGUGCACCCCGGGGUCUUAGCAGUUAUUCCCAGGCCAAAAUGUCAGGUCUCAAGGAUCAGCUGAUUGUGAAUCUUCUUAAAGAAGAACAUGUCCCGCAGAACAAGAUUACAGUUGUUGGUGUUGGUGCUGUUGGCAUGGCCUGUGCCAUCAGUAUCUUAAUGAAGGACUUGGCAGAUGAACUUGCUCUUGUUGAUGUCAUGGAAGACAAACUGAAAGGAGAGAUGAUGGAUCUCCAGCAUGGCAGCCUUUUCCUCAAAACGCCAAAAAUUGUCUCUGGCAAAGACUACGGUGUGACUGCAAACUCCAAGCUGGUUAUUAUCACAGCUGGGGCCCGUCAGCAAGAGGGAGAAAGCCGUCUUAAUUUGGUCCAGCGAAAUGUGAACAUCUUUAAGUUCAUCAUUCCUAAUGUUGUGAAAUACAGCCCCAACUGCAAGUUGCUUGUUGUUUCCAAUCCAGUGGAUAUCCUCACCUAUGUGGCUUGGAAGAUAAGCGGCUUCCCCAAAAACCGCGUUAUUGGAAGUGGGUGUAAUCUGGAUUCAGCCCGGUUCCGUUACCUGAUGGGAGAACGGCUGGGAGUUCACCCACUAAGCUGUCAUGGAUGGAUUCUUGGGGAGCAUGGAGACUCAAGUGUACCAGUGUGGAGUGGAGUGAAUGUUGCUGGUGUCUCCUUCAAGAAUCUGAAUCCUGAUUUAGGCACUGAUGCAGAUAAGGAACAGUGGAAAACGGUUCAUAAACAGGUUGUUGACAGUGCCUAUGAGGUGAUCAAACUGAAAGGCUAUACAUCCUGGGCCAUUGGACUGUCUGUGGCAGAUUUAGCAGAAAGCAUUAUGAAGAAUCUUCGGAGAGUGCAUCCAAUUUCCACCAUGAUCAAGGGUCUCUAUGGAAUAAAGGAUGAUGUCUUCCUUAGCGUUCCUUGCAUCCUGGGACAGAAUGGAAUCUCAGAUGUGGUGAAGGUCACUCUGACUCCUGAGGAAGAGGCCCGCUUGAAGAAGAGUGCAGAUACACUUUGGGGAAUCCAAAAGGAGCUGCAAUUUUAAAGUCUUCUAUAUGUACCACUUCACUGUCUAGGCUAUAAGAGGAUUUUAAGUCGGAGGUUAUGCAUGUUGUCCCUUAUAGCUAUAAGGGACUAAAGCAGUAGUAUUAUAAAACGACCUGGGAAAAGCAUCCAUUUCCUGAAGUUAGAAAUAGGACUGGUUCAGAAAAACCUGCAGCUGUAUUCUGAUGGUGGAUGGUACCUCUGUAGCUGUAAACUGGUUACUGUAAAACAAUUUCACCCUCUCUUGAAACACCACUGCCAGUGAAUGGUGCACAGUCCCUAACUGCCCUUUGAACCAGAUGUGUUACUGUGUGCUCUGUAACUUCACCAAAAUGCCUAGUUCCAACAUCUUUUUCCAAUCACACUUCCUGGGAUCUGUUGUAUAAAUCCAUUUUUGCAUGUCACGUGCAUUACUGUUCUAAAAGAUAUUUUGUGUACUAUAUAUAAGUAGUGUACAUUGGCAUGUAAUGUAAAAAGCUAUAUAUGAACAAUGCAACACCUAUCCAAAUGUCAGACUAAAACACCAAAUAAACCUUGAACAGUGACUACUUCGUUGAUUUUAA